AUGGCGAUUUAUACCGUUUUCCUGCUACUCAUGGUUACAGUAGCCUGUGUCAAAUCCACACCAUUGCCGAAUGAGAAGCUUGCUUUCAACGAGUUGCGUUCAAAUAAUCAGCUUCUUCACAGCUUUACUGAUGAACAACGUAGUUGGUGGACAAGCAUUCGAGAUCCAUUGAUUGGAGCUGUAGUGAGUACAGUCCUGACCACAGCCACUGGUGGUGCCAUCAAUCCAUUAGUUAUAGCAGGAGUACUUGGUAAACGAAAUGUUGAUG